GUCUCACCUGUCUUGUCACAGUUUCGUCUCAACUAUCUUUCAAUACUCUGAUACUCCAUCACUUACUUCAUAUGGGUUUUUUCACUGGAAACCUGAAACGCUAGCUCUUCAGCAUUCCAAGGCAAUAGUUGUAGCAACGAUGAGUCGGACCCAAUCUUCACCCACGGUCAUCCAAUGGGUGAUCGACACUCGUCCACUUUGGCCCUCCGCUCUCAAGACCAAAGACCUCACCUCCGCUGCUUCACGUGCGCUCUCACUUCUCACCGCCGAGGAACAAUCUUCUGUUCUGAGAUACUACCACGUCCGCGAUGCCAAGCUCGCUCUCGCUUCGGCUCUUCUUAAGCGCUACGCAAUCUCUCGCUUCUGUCACGUCCCCUGGUUCCAGGCCAAGACUACUCGAGACGCUCGAACCAAGCCUGUCUUUGUCUUGCCAAGCGGUGAUGAGCCGCUGAUCUUCAACGUCUCGCAUCAGGCUGGUCUCGCUGUUCUCCUGGCCGUUCACGAUCCGCCAAAAGGCCUUACCGUGGGAGUUGAUGUUGUGUGUCCAUCAGAACGGCGAGAUCGAGAUCUGAGUAGUUUGGAAGAAGAUGGGUGGGCUAGUUUCGUCGACAUUCAUGCCGAUGUCUUUGGGGCAGGAGAAGUCUCAGCGCUUAAGAGCAUAAACCCUGUUCCUACUGUUCAAGAACGAGAUCGUGCAUUGCGCUACUUUUAUGCACUGUGGUGUCUCCGAGAAGCCUAUGUCAAGAUGACAGGGGAUGCUCUUCUGGCAAGCUGGUUGAAAGACCUCGAGAUGCAAAACUUUGCCCCGCCAGAAGAUAUGGGGAAACCCCAAGAGGUUCGGCUAAGAGGCAAGAAGGUUGAAGGCGUGGAUGUGAGACUGAUGCCGCUGCUCGAGGAAUACAUGAUCUCCACAGCCGUAAGAAACGGUGAUAACGGGGCGACUGUCGAGAUCGGGGAGUUUCAAAGUCUCGAUAUAGAGGAAGUAUUGGCAUUUGGGGAAAAGGCAUCCAAACAAUGAUUAUAGCAAGGUUAUGAAUAAUGAGAAAUGCAAGCGCAAUUAUCUGAC